AUGUGGGCUUCAGCUCGUUAUGCUUGGUAUAUUUACAGACUUCUUGACGAAAUUCAUAGACAAGAACGUGAAGAGAUGGAAAACAAGCUUGAAGCAAAAGACAAAAGCAUUCAGAAAAGAAUACCACGUUCGGUACCAAAAGGAAAGGAAAAGAACUAUAAGUAUAUGAUUUAUACUGAAGAGAUGGAAAAUGAAGAAGACAGAGAUAUGGUUAUGUUGCAUUUAGUCAGAAGAAACAACAAAAGCUUUUACGACCUUGCUAAGAUUUACAAAUCUGACAGAAAUUGGUUCUAUCGCGAAAACUUACCGAUUUCAAUGACCCCAAAUGAAGAUGUGAAACAAAUAGUUCAAGAUACGUUACCUCAAACACACUAUGAUAUGAAAGGUUGUACAAUACUUACAUUCAAAGAAGAUUUGUCAUUGUUAAAGGAAAAAAUAACAGAGUAUUUUGACAACUUCAAACAAGUAGGGUAG